AUGUAUUCUACCGUAGCCUACCAGCAAGAAGAAAUCAACACCUCAUCAGAGUGGUCGGAUGUGUCCAGCUUUCUGACGGACCUUGAUUCCUCUGCUAUGUGUCCAGAGAUCCAGCCGAUCAACAUGUACAGCGAAUCCAGUAAUUAUGAUGGUUAUUUUCCGGAACAAGUUAUGGGAAUGGACGUGCAUUCUGUGUCACCAUCUUUCAGCGAAGUGUCCACAGACAAGUCAGAUUCCGGUUGCUAUAGCGAUGAUUCCAACUCUCUACCAGGAAAUUGGGCACCACCAGCAAAUUUUGAACAUUGUCUUCCACCGAACAACACAUUCUGUCCAAGCUUCAUCACCAACGCACAUUUACCUAUUUCACAGUUCCAACAACCAGCCCCAUCCACGUCUCAACCCACCAAGAAACGACGACGACGAAAGCAGACCCCAGUUCAAAGAGGUGCAGCUAACCUCCGAGAACGCAAAAGGAUGUUUUAUCUCAACGACGCUUUCGAUGCCUUGAAGAAAAGUCUACCCAAAAAAGACAGCAAAUCGAGAUUAUCCAGAAUAGACACUUUAAAAACCGCCAUCGAUUACAUCCAAGGAUUGUCAGAACUUCUGCAAGUUGUGUGA